AGUUCGGACUAUUAAUUUUUAUUUACUUUUAUGUAUCCUAUUCAAUUAUAUAAAAAUGAACUUCAUACAUACCCUCUUUAAUUUACAUUAUAUGCAAUAGCAUUUUCUAAAUAAAUGUGAAUCUAUAAAUGCAAUUUAGUCAAUGGAAUUUAUUGCGUGGCUAAUAAAACUAAUAUUCUAUUGAAAGUAACUUUUUCCAUCGUUUGUGUCCAUCUGUUCAUAAAUUCGGGACAAACAGCAGUUAGCAGCUGGCAGCUACAAUAAUGUCUGUACUGGAUAAAAUUAAGCAUUAUCAGCGAAAUAUUGAAAAAUGCGAUGACAAUGAAGAUAGAGUUAUUUAUUGUAUUUCAAAAUUAUCUAAUUUGCCAGUAACAGUGCAGCAUCUUCAAGAAACUGGUGUAGGACGUACUGUAAAUGGUUUAAGAAAAUAUGAUGGUGGUGUAGGAAAUGCUGCUAAAGCACUUGUAGCAAAAUGGAAAGCAAUGGUUGCUAGUGAAGAAACUAGCGAAGGUGAAGUUGAAUAUGAUGAUGAAGCAUAUGUUCCUGAUGCACCUGAUAGCUAUAAUAUAAAUAAUCGUGAAUCCCCAAAAUCUGAAGAGAAUUCUAUUAGACAUAAAAGUGAAGAAAAUCAAAAAGAUAUGUAUAAACACAAGUCAGAAAAAUCUGAAAUGUCACAUACAUCACAUAAUAAUAAAUAUGGUUCAAAAUAUGAAUCCAAAUUAAAAAUUAAUGAAUCUCAAUCAAAAAUGGACAAUGAUGUUGCUAAAAAUUCAAAUAAUGAUUUAGAAAAACAAAAGAAGUAUGAUAAAAUUAAACAUAGUCAUAAACAUGAAUCAAGAAGUGACAAGAAAUCUUCAAAAGAUAAAAGUGCCUAUAAGAAAGAUGAAAUACAAAGUUCUAAACAUCAUAGCCAUAAUAAAUCUGAUAAUACAGAAAAACACUCUAAUAAAUCUAUAGAUAGCAAUAGCUUAUCUAGAAUUAAUGAAGAAAAUCAUAAAAAACGAAAAAAUUAUGAUUCAAAUAUACUUAAAAAAGAAAGUAAACGAAGGAAAUAUUCAGACAGUGAAAAUGAUGAAAUUAAAUUUCAAGUAUCUUCUAGUUUUGAAAAGCAUAAUAAUAGUAUUACAUUAAAUACAAUUAAAAUAAAAGAAGAGCCCAAGGAUAAAGAUGUAUUAACUAAAAAUGAAAUUAAAUAUGAAAAAAAAGAUUCUCAUGAAAAAUCAAAAAGCAGUUCUAGCAAAUCUCGAACUGAUUCAUCUAAUAGCAAAUUAAAAGAUAAUAAUGAGAAACAUAAACAUAAAAUUGAGAUACAUACAAAUCAUAAUAAAGAUGAAACUAAACGAAGUGAUCAUUCUAAGGAAUCUUCAGAAUUAAAACAUCACAAUAGUUCCUCUAGUGAUAAGCAUCAUGAUAAAAGUAAAGAUAGGACUAAAAAAAAGGAUCAUAAGGGAGAAAAAAAUAGACAUGAAAGUAAAAGCAAUAAAGAUUCAAAACAUAUGAAAUAUGGAUCAAAAGAACCUAAGGAUUUAACAAAAAUAAAACAAGAAAUUAAUGGCGACGGAGGGAUCGAUUGCCACUCUGGUGCUAGCUUUGCAGAAGCACUAGGUAUGUGUACAAUGACACAAGUAUCAAAAAAACGUAAUAAUAAUUCUCCAAAUACAAGCACAUCUAAAGUGAUGAAAACAGAACAAUCAACUACUAUAAGUAAUAAAAAAAUCACAGUGAAAAUUGAACCAACAAGUGACAAUUUACAAACUCCAUCCCUUUUAACAUCAAAUGUAAAAUUAGAGCCAUUAAAUGUAGAUUUAGCAUCUACAUUACCUGAAAUUAGUCCAAAUUAUAAGCCACUGCCAUAUGUUAACCCAGUUCAGCGUAAGGAAGAAGAUAAACUUCUUACAGAUGUAAUCUAUGUUAAAAAUCAAAGAACAAAAGUAUAUUCAGGAAAUAAAUCUGGUUACACGAGUGUACCAACUUUAUUUGAAUUAUGUACAAGGGUAUUGAUCGAAAAUAUUGAUGCACUUGAAUUUACGGGAGGUGUGCCUUUUGAUAUAAUAAAACCUGUUCUGGAACGUGCAACAGCAGAUCAGCUUUUUAUGUUGGAACACUACAAUCCCUAUUUAGUUGAAGAUACAGAUGAAUUAUGGCAAUAUCACUGUAAUCGUGAAUUUAGAAAUAAACAAAGAGAAGAAAUGGAGACAUGGCGUGAGACAUAUAUGCGAUGUUUGGAUGAAAGAGAAGCAAAAUUGAAAACACUUACGGCUAAUAUAAAACAAUCAAUAGAUAAAUCUGUUCCUGUAAGAUCUACUAAACUUGCAUAUGUAGACAAUAUUGUUAAACCUCCCAGAAAUAUUCUUAAAAAACAAGCUAAAUAUGGUACUGCUAAUUCUAUACCUACCACAGCAUCUAAUUUAAAGAAAAAAUUAAUCAGCGGCGGAGGACCUACUGCUGCUACAAAUAUAUCUGUUCCGCCACCACCUAUAUCUCGUAAUACAAAAACAUUGAAGAAAACAAAAGCACCACUCAUGGCAAAAGCAUUACAAUUAAUAAAAGGACGUUAUAAACGGUAGUUUAUAACAAAAUUUAUUAAUUCAACAAUUUAGGUAAGUCAUAUAUUAUUUUGUUACGAAUGUUAAGCAUAAUAUAUAUAUAUAUAUAUAUAAAUAUUUUAUAAGAAUUUAUAUAUACUUUCGAUUGUGUUUCGUAUUGAUGAAGUAAUGUAUGUUGAACAGAAAUAUAUUCGUGUGAAGUUUGCAUGCUGCUUCAGGCAUUCCGAGAUUUACCAAAUCGAUCAUACCAAAAUAAUCGCUCAGUGCUUUUAUAUCUACUGUAAAAAUUAUAAUUAAUUUCAUAAAUUAUACAGUAGAAGGGCACAAGUAUAUUUAGAUUUUUCGAUAAAAAUGAAAAUUCAAAAUAUUUCAUUAUAUAAAAGUUAUAAUGCCU